UCUCACCUUAAUUACAUUUUCAAAGCUUUUACUUUCUUUUUUUCUUCUUUUUUUGUUCAAUUGCAAAGCUUUUGAAGAAGCUACAAUGGCUGACAACGCACUUGUGAACGCUAGAGCAAAUGUUUCCAUUGUCGUAGAUACGUUCCAGAUUAGUAUUGUUGACUACGUUAACGAUCUCAUAGAAGAGAUACGAGCUCUGCUGGAUAAUAUCAUGAACGGUCUGGAGGCAAACGAGUUGCUGCCACAACCGCCUGAUCCAAUGGAUCAUGAUCCUGAGCUGGUUGCUCCAAUGGAUGACCCGGCUGGUCCAGAGGCUCCGGCUCCGGCUCCAGACGAAAUUGUAAUCGACGACCACGACGUGCCGCCAGGGUCCAACUAACAGCGACGGGGAUUGAUAAGUUACUUAGUAAUAAUUGGUCGAUUAAUACUACCUGCUUUCUUAAUUAGUAUAUUGGAAUAAAAUCGUAUGUGUAAU